AUGAUCGGAACGGUUUUCAAGUGGUUGAGCAUAGCCAUUCUGCUCUCUUCAUACAAAUCCCUUCCAGGGUCGUACUAUGUACGCUUUUACUACGCCCUGAUGAGAAUAGUCCUAUUUUCUAAGACUAGCAACAAGGGAAAAGAUAUACUGAAGGUGAAAUCGCGUCUUUUGACCUUCUGUUCGCUUGGAGAGUGCGACUUCUAUCUCCACAAGUCCAAUUCCACGUUUCUAGAGGAAAUGGACAUGGCCCGUACCGAGCUGAUGCUCUCGCUAUACAAGCCUCUGUUCGCCAUUGACAAACUUGGAUCGUGGCCCUUUUUGCCAGUUGGUUCGGUUGACAUUAGUUUUCUCAAAGAGAUCAAGCCGUUUCAGAAAUACUGGGUUGAUUCUCGUGUGGUUUCCUGGGACGAGAAAUGGCUGUUCGUGCUAUCCGAGUUCAAGGUAAGCUCUGGCAAGGGCGAGCGCGUUUGUUGCACGGCCAUCACCAAAUACGUGUUCAAGGACCCAAAGACCAGGGCCACAAUUCCACCAGCCAUUGCAGCUGAGAAGAGUGGACUUGUUUUUGACGAGCAAGAAAUUGAAGCGAAUUACGCUUCAGUCAGCAGGUCUAAGGAGCAGUUGAACUUUAGUUAG